UUGUACAAAAACUUAGACAAAUCAAGCAAACACUUUCAUUGUUAAUUAAUUUCAAGGAGGUGUAUUUGCAAAGUUUUUCAAAAUGAUAGGAUGGGAAGAUAUAUACAAAGUGGUGGUAGCCAUGGCUCCCCUCUAUGUUGCAUUAAUUUUAGGGUAUGGCUCAGUGAAGUGGUGGCACAUCUUCACACGUGAGCAGUGCGACGCCAUAAACCGUUUGGUUAGUUUCUUCACGAUGCCCUUGUUCACUGUCGAGUUCACAGCUCACAUCGAUCCAUUCCAAAUGAAUUAUCUCUUCAUCGGAGCAGACGCAAUCUCGAAGCUUAUAAUCGUCGUGGUGCUCGCCUUCUGGGCAAAGUGUAGCAGCAAAGGGAGCUAUUGCUGGUCCAUCACGAGCUUCUCUUUGUGCACUUUGACGAAUGCUCUCGUCGUCGGGGUGCCUUUGCUGAAGGCUAUGUAUGGCCAAAUGGCUGUCGAUCUUGUGGUGCAAGCCUCGGUUAUUCAAGCCAUCAUUUGGCUGACAUUUUUGCUGUUUGUUUUGGAGUUUCGGAGGACAUACACAGGAACUUUCACUGCUUCAAAUUCAAGAGUCGAGGAUGCUGAGGAAGAUGUGGAGGGAAGUUCAAGUGAUGAGACAAGUAGCUGGCCAUCUUUUUGGUUCUUAAUGAAGGUUGUGUGGCUGAAACUAGCCAUGAAUCCUAAUUCCUAUGCCUGUAUUGUUGGCAUUGCUUGGGCUUUUGUAGCCAACAGGUGGCACUUUGAGAUGCCAAGCAUCAUGGAAGGAUCUAUUCUUAUCAUGUCUAGAGCUGCAACAGGCACUGCCAUGUUUAGUAUGGGGAUCUUCAUGGCUUUGCAAGAAAAGUUGAUAGUUUGCGGGCCUAGCUUGACUGUAUUUGGAAUGGUUUUAAGGUUCAUAGCUGGACCAGCAGCCAUGGCUAUUGGUGCUAUUGCUAUGGGUUUGCAUGGUGAUGUUUUACGCGUUGCUAUUAUUCAGGCUGCACUGCCACAAUCCAUUACAUCCUUCAUCUAUGCUAAUGAAUAUGGACUCCAUGCAGAUGUGCUUAGCACUGCGGUAAUCUUUGGCAUGAUAGCAUCACUUCCAAUUUUGAUUGCAUAUUAUGCAAUUCUGGAGUUUGUACAUUAAUCCUUCAAUCAGAAUUUUGAAGAAAAUUAAGAAGGGUCGACAGAAAAUAAUAUGCUGCCUUGGCCCUCUCAGUAUAUCUCUUAAAAAAAAAAAACUAGUGGAAAUUAUUCAAAGC